UUGGAGAUUGUCGUGAAAAGUUGUGCGAGGUGACAGAUGUGUGGCAGAAAUUGAAGCUCUAGUUCUACUUCUGUUUUACAUUUUUUUUUGGACUUGAUAACUUUGUUUUCUCACGAAGUGUGAAAUGUGUUUGCAUGACUUUAUUUUUAUAGCUCAUUUAAGUACUUUUGAGAGCGCCCUGGGGGAGGGGUGGACACGUAGUUUUUAGAGACUUCUGUGCAGGUCGCUGGCAAAGUACUUGGGCCGGCGGUGUCGGCAUGUCUUCCAAGUCCACCGGUGACCCCGAGCCGCCGUGUCGUCUGCGGCGAGCCCUGAAGAGAGUGUUCGGCUUCGAGUCCUUUCGUAGCCCCGUGCAGGAUGAGGCUGUCAGAGCGGUGCUUAGAGGAAAGCAGGAUGUCUUUGUUUGCAUGCCAACUGGCGCGGGGAAAUCUCUCUGCUAUCAACUGCCAGCCGUCAUGGCCAAGGGGAUCACGAUUGUUAUCUCUCCGCUUAUUGCACUAAUUCAGGAUCAAGUGGACCAUCUUUUAGCACUAAAAGUAAAUGCCUGCUCUUUGAAUUCCAAACUGACCGCUCAGGAAAGAGGGAAGAUCCUAACGCACCUGGAGUCUGAGAGUCCUCACAUUAAGCUGCUCUACAUCACCCCUGAAAUGGCUGCGUCGGACUCCUUUCAGCCUUGCCUGUCCUCACUCCUGUCCCGUGGACUUCUGUCUUAUCUUGUCGUCGACGAGGCUCACUGCGUCUCCCAGUGGGGACACGAUUUCCGGCCAGAUUACCUGAAGCUGGGCGGUCUGCGGGACCGUUUGCCAGGUGCGCCGUGUAUAGCGCUGACUGCCACGGCCUCGAAGAAGGUUCAGGAUGACAUCGCCGGGGCCCUACAUCUGCAGAAGCCCCUGGCUAUUUUCAAAACCCCUUGUUUCCGGAAGAAUCUCUUCUAUGACGUUGUAUACUGUGACCUGACGUGUGACUUGUUUGCCAACCUGAAAGAGUUCUGCGUCCAGUCUUUGGGAGUCAAGAAUUCAGAAGGGAAGUACCCUGGAUGUGGAAUUAUUUACUGUCGCACCAGAGAUGGCUGUGAUGAGCUGGCAUCUCAACUUUCUCAGAGAGGAGUUUUGUCCAAGGCCUACCAUGCAGGUUUAAAAGCUCCAAACAGAACAGAAAUACAGAAUGAAUGGAUGGAAGGGAAGGUUCCUGUCAUUGUCGCCACCAUCAGCUUUGGAAUGGGAGUGGACAAAUCGAAUGUCAGAUUUGUAGCCCACUGGAAUAUGGCUAAGUCACUGGCCGGAUACUAUCAGGAAACGGGCCGUGCUGGAAGAGAUGGCGCCCUCUCUAACUGCAGACUUUACUAUUCCCGGACAGACCGGGAACAAGUCAGGUUCUUACUGCAGAAGGAAGUUUCAAAGAAACAGGCAAAACACGGCACCGUUAAGGACGUUGAUAAAGGAACCAUUGCUGGCUUCGAGGCUUUGGUGUCAUUCUGUGAGAAGGAAGGGUGCCGCCAUGCUGCUAUCGCUCAGUAUUUUGGGGACGAGAAACCCCUCUGUGGAAAAUCCUGCGAUUACUGCAAGACUCCAGCUGCAGUGAGGCAACACAUAGAGAAUGUCAAACAGCUGGAAGCAUCUUGGGGGAAGACCUGCAUAAGACCAGCUGCCAAGGCGUCCGGGCCGUUUGGCUUUCAUCAGGAGCUAUACGAAGGGGCGCGGUACGGCUACGGCUUUGAAAGAUGUGAUGAGGAUUCAGAAGCUGAUAAGGAUGACUCUGAUCAUCGAAAGAAAGAAUGGAGCAGUUUUUACCAAAAACAAAUGGGUUUGCGACGGGAUAAGGAAAAACCAAGAGAGGAGUUUGUUCCUCCAGACCCGGGUUGCCGUCUUCUGGAGGCUGCCAGCCAGAAAAUUCCAAAGCUUACAGUAAAGGCCCGGGAGUAUUGUCUUCAAAUGCUGGAGGAAGCUCUGAAUUUUCGGAAAGACAGCAGCGCCACAGCAAACCGAGCAGCAGAAAUGGAGUACGAGGCCUUUAAAGCGUGCAAGUCCUCCAAUUUGUACAAGGCAUCCAUACUGAAGAAGGUUUCAGAAAUAAAAAAGGCUUUGACUGAUGGCCAGCCGUUCCCAGACAGGACUGAAGGAGCCGACGCUGACGGACAAAACAACAAAGCGGCAAAUGCCGAGCCCGGAGUGCCCUCCGAGGGCUUUGUGCCCGCCUCUCAGCUUUAUUCAUUUAAACCCAAGCGUAUUGGCGCCGGACUCCGAGGCUCAUCCAGUGUUUUCCAGUGCGCCUCCACACUUGUGUCCGCCGGGAAUGCUGACAGCGAAGAGUCUGACGCCGGCACUCCAAAUGAGAAAGAACAACCUGAGCAAAUAUGUGGGACGUCUAAAAUGCGCUUUUCAUGGGACUGUCCCCAAAACAAUAAAAAGUUGUCCAAGAAACAGACUAAGCUGGCUGAAUCGGCCAAGAAGGAUUCCCAAAAUAUUUCAAAAUUCUUUGUUCAGAAAAAGGAGACCGACGACGUGGGGACGGCUGAGGUGCCGUCUUCAAGUGAAUCCGAGGAAAGCACUGGAGCCAAGAGUGAGCCGCCGGUAGCCCCCCGUGACAAAGACCUUCCCGUGGAGACGGCAGCCCCUGAAGUGACCAGUGACGGCCGUGCGGAUCAGAUGGCGCCGUCGGUGUCAGGGGAGAACCGGAAUGGCACUUGUCUUGAGCCGAUGGGAGAAGGGCAGAGAAGCUCAGCAUUUGAGAAGGAGAUGACUGGAAUUGGAGACGCGAGUUCAAGACCUGAGAAAAGGUCGCUGGCCCAAGAGGAAGACAAAAGUCCUGAUGUGCCCAGCGUGAAGAGGCCACGCACCAGCGCCGUUUCCUCAAUCCUCUGUCAGCCCGAAGGGAAGGAGACCACCACCAUGAAAAAGAAGGUGACCUUUGAAGAAACCACAGCCGAUGACAACGACGCCACCACUGUGCCUCCGUGCGACCAGGAGACCACCACACGACAGCCGGUGUCUCUGAAGGAAGCUGCAGAGAUCGUCGUCAAAUACCUGACUCCCUUCUAUAAGGGGGGCCGCUUCGCAUCCAAGGAACUCUUCAAGACGUUUGCCAGAUUCCUGUCUCACCUCCUAGUGGAAGGAAAGACGGUCUACCGGAAAAAUGUCAAGGAGUCGGCCCUGAAGAUCAUCAAGAGCUUCUUCAGGACUCGCCAGAAGUGCGACAGCGAGGACGACUGGAGUUACCUGCAGAGCAAAGACUGACGCCGCGGUACGGAGAAAGGACUGGGAAUGUUCUGGAAGGACACCGAGUCCUCCAUCGUAACACCUGCUGCCCCAUUUUAAUCCUCGGUGGAAGCUGCUUUUAGAGUUGAGAACGUCGUGGCAGAGAGGAGUGGAUUGAACCUGGUGGGACGAUUGCCUGCCCGGUGGGCACAACUCGACUACAUCCCUUCAUAUUUUUUUUUUUUAUGUAUGUGGCCAGUAUGGAUGCUGGCGUGAGUGACAGACGGAGAGAGGAGUGUGCACUUUGUUUAUUAUUUUAAACGUCCCCCCGUUCUGGACACAAACACUUCGCCGAACACAUGGCUGGAGGAAGUGGCGCUUGGCUGUAAAAUGUAGGAUGAGAGUUUAUUGGAAAGCCCACCUUGCGUCGGUGGCACCCCACUGAAUGUAGGCACCAGCGUCUUUGUGAUCGUCAGAAUGGAAGUUAGAAGAUGGCGGGGGCCGACACUGUCGAGUCGCUGCUGGCUGAAGAUCUACGGGACGCGUCACCAGAUUGGCCGACGUACGGUUUAGGGUUCAGGGUUAAUUUUCUCCGCUCUAAUAGGUACGAAGUAAAUUCAUCGACAGCCCACUUCUGCGUUUAGCGGAUUGCCGGAGUUGCGGUGCACCACCGAACGAGAGUUCAUAACUCGGUGUGGGUCAUCGUAAAGGACGGGUGGAGCCGUUCCCGUCUGAAGACCCUCAGCGUGGUACAAAUCGUUAAACCGUUCCAAGUCUCCUACUCUCUGCCAUCAGUCGUGGGAUGUGAGUUUUUUCCCCCCCCAAAGCCCACUUUAGUAUUCAUCAGCUGUGGUGCGCCGCCAAGCGCGAGUACGGAACUCGGUGGGAUCCUUGUAACGGACGUCGAAAGAGUCGCAUCGUCAAGUCGCUCCUGGCCUACAGGACCCCCCUUCGUACUGUCCAGCGUCCAGAGUUUGUUUUCUCGGCUGUAACACUUCAUCGAAAGCCCGCUUGUGUGUUUGGCGGACUGCCGUGUCUGAUCAUCGUAAUGGACGUUCUGAGAUGCGGGGACCGAAAUCGUUGAGCUGUUGCUGGCCGAAAGAUCUUGAGGUGUAGUUUGUUUCGUUUUAUUGGCUGUCCUUCAUUAGGAUGCGAGUUUUUCCAACGCCACGUUUGUAUUCAACAGAUUUCCGGCGCACAAGGGAAUGUCGGACGCGUUGACCUGUUUCGUUUUUGCCCCGUGUUCGAACAUUUAGUGUCUGGCUGUGGAUCUGCAGGCCACAUUUAAUUUAAGGAUAUCACACUACUAACGAGGCUCCAUUUUAUGACACUUUAUAAUUAUUACAAUUUAUGUUUCGGCAUUGACGUUAGUUUGGGAAAAACUGGUGUCGCAGUCGGCCAUCUUGUAGGCGGCAGCCGCAGCAAAGGAGACGUCCUACAUGCCUGGGUGAGAUGACAUUCAGGCCAAUAACGUGUACAAAUAUCCCAUUUAAUGUGAAUUGUUGGGAUCUCGAUGCCUGGCCAAAAAAAAAGAUGAGUUGUUUACGCUCGACUUCCGAUGUUCUGCUUCUCGUCCCGAGCGCCGCUGACGUUUCACGUUUUGUGUGAACUCAACUCGGCAUGAGCCGACUCGUUUGUGCGUGACACACGGGCCUCCUCGCCUGUAGUACUGGGACACGCCGGGCGCAGCUGGUUGUCCUCGGUAGUGGGCCGCGUCUGCAAAACUGGAGAUCUGCUGGUGAAGAGAAGAACUUGAAUUGUUAGCCGACUGAGACGAUUUAGUGGUCGUUGUAGCUCAUCUGAGAAGAUCCCUGCAUUAUCAGGCACUUUUAGAACACUUGGUUGCAUUUAUUUAUUUUCCCCCAAUUGACUUUUUUUUGUUUGUUUUCUUGGUUAUAAGAAGUGACAUUCGUGACCUCCUGGCAUCGGACCGCCGCCUUCGCCGAGUCUGCGUAUCUCGAGUUUGUGUUCAGCAGUGACUUGACUGGACUCUUAUGGAUUUUCUUGUUUGGAUUUUUCACAAGUGUUGCAUUGUAAGAACGGCAAGCUGAGAGUGAAAGGUAAGUCUUGGUGGUCUGCACUACGACCUGGUAAUGUCCACUUAAAGUGAGAAACCUCUUCACUGUGACCGGAGAUGCCUUAUCGGCCAUAUUGGCGGAAUUCUCUCUAAACGCUAAUGUAACAGAAAGAAGCAAUAAAAAGCUGUUGAUGAACCCCA